UGAAAGUUGAACUAAUUGUGCCACUUAUUGAUAAAACAAAUCUGAAAUAUUACUCUUUUCUCAAUAUACUUAAGUUUAUAGUGACUCUGAGGACACAGCAGACAUAACAAUGGGAAUAGAGGUGGGAAACAGUCAAAGUCACCAAGGAUGUUGAGAAGAUAAUCACUUUCAUCUCUUUUCCUCAGUCAUGUUCUGUGGACUUUCUGGAUACUCAGAUUUCUACAAGCAUAGAUGGCUACAGUCUAUUCUUACCUGGCAGCGACCUAAAGAGGGAUGCUUUGGGAAACCUUAUGACAAUAGUAAACAAUUACUAAGAGAUGCUGAAGACCAACAGCAAUCACUGAGAAGAGUUAAGAGGAGAGAGAAAAGAAUUGCAGAUGGAUGUUCUUCCCAUAAUACAGCUGUGGCAGUUGCAGCCUUAGGUGGCUUUCUUUAUCACUCUGCAGAACAUUCACCAACCAUCAUCAAGCCUCAUUAAUACCUAACAAUACUCAAGCAGCAACUAAAAGGAUGAUUUUAUAUCUGCUGAAAAUUAAAUACAGCCUUUUUG